UAUUUUGAACAGAAGACAGAAGUAAAGAUCAAAAAAGAAGAGCGCUCACAUUUGUGUUAGUGAAGCACUUGAAGCACAUACUUAAACUUCUUCAAAACUUGCCCUGUUCACUAACUCUUGGGGGGAAAAAAAAACCCCAACACCCAACCCUAUUAAUUUCCACACGCUAGAAAGAAAUGUCAGAGUGAAGAAUUUCGUAAUUUCUAGGCUGACAUUCAUCAUGAGAACAAUUUUACCUUGGUUACCAGUGGGUGGGCUCCCUGCCAUUUGAAUCCCGUAGAGCCAAACUGGGAACGCUGCGGUUGAAGCAGGAAUUUGAGCACGGAUGCAGGAAUAUGAUCGUAAUGGCUUUCUUCUGACUAGCAUCUGUGGGUCUGGGAGGCGUAUACAAGUCUGUUCAUAGAUUGCAGCAAGCAGCACCUUUCGAAAAGUGCUUUUUACUCAAUGUAAUUUUUUUCUAGCUGGCAGGUUAUUCUCACCUCAUUGAAUUCCUUGCCUCGUGCUCCAUGUGCGAAUUUGCUAAUGAGCACUGACUCCUGCCACUGAUUUUUAUACGUCUGUAGAAGAUUAUCAAACCAUAUUAGUUUUGGCUUUGGUGCUGAUUCAGUAUCUCCCCCUUCCUUCUCUCCCAUCUUCCAUUAAUAACCAAAGGGAUCAAGACAUGCAAAAUUGCAUAUUUUAUGUGGAAACAGAGAAGUGGCUGGUAUUAGGUAUUGCCAUGGUGCGGUUUUAUAUACAGAAAGGAACACAUAGAGGCUUAUUCAGAAGCGUUCAAAAGACGCUUAAAUUUUUCCAGACAUUUGCUUUGCUUGAGGUAGUCCACUGUGCAGUUGUUCGCACAUCUGUGCUUGUGACCGGGGUCCAAGUGAGUUCAAGAAUCUUCAUGGUGUGGUUCAUUGCACAUAGUAUAAAACAGAUCCAGAAUGAGGAGAGCGUUAUUCUUUUUCUGGUCGUAUGGACUGUGACAGAGAUUACUCGAUAUUCCUUCUACACAUUCAACCUGCUCAACCAUUUGCCAUACUUCAUUAAAUGGGCCAGAUACAACUUUUUUAUCAUUUUGUAUCCUGCUGGAGUUGCAGGUGAACUGCUAACCAUAUAUGCUGCUUUACCCUAUGUGAAGAAAACAGGAAUGUUUUCACUGAGACUUCCCAACAAAUACAAUGUCUCCUUUGACUACUAUUACUUCCUUAUUAUUGUCAUGUUCUCCUAUGUGCCGUUAUUUCCACAACUCUACUUCCACAUGCUGCGACAGAGAAGAAGGGUGCUUCAUGGAGAAGUGAUUGUGGAAAAGGACGAUUGAAUCAAGACGUGUAGCUAUGGUGCUUUUAAUGGGAAAAAAAGGGUAAAAACCAAAACUUCCUGUGAUUUUUCUGAGUCCAAGUUUUAAAACAUGGAACAAGAAUAAACAACUGUGCAUUAAAUAGCAUGGACUGUAUUAUUUUUAUGUUUAAUAUAUCUUCAGACUUACCUUUUAAUCCUUGGUUUCACUUUGAUUUUUAUUUGUUCAUUUCUUCAGAUGAAUUAUUUUCUUAUUUUUAAUAGGUUGGCAAAUAGCUUUAAGAAUUGGAAUAAUUGGCUACUGUGCUUUCUACUCUGAAAGUUCUGUUAUGAUCUGUAGUCAUCAUCAAGAACAGAAGGAGAGUUGAUAAGUUGUACUGAAAGUGAGUCUUCUGGAAAACAGAGCAUAAAUUAGGUAAUGGUGUUUUUGAUAGACUAGGUGGCUUAAAUGUUAUUUAAGCUUUAUAUUAAGUAAUACCUUCCCAGUUAUAAGUACUGUUAGCAUGCUGUUCAACGUUCUUUGGGUUACAGGAUUACACUGUAGAAUUCCAGAAGGACUUUUGAAAGGAGCUGAAUUCUUGUCAGUGCAACUUUAGAACUCUCUGUAUUUUCAUUUGUAAUUUUAAAGACAUGUAGACUAAUGGAUAUAACAUGAACUGGUUAAAAGCUUGUGCUGAGGACUGGACUUGAUGUGCUUACCUUUCUCUGAUCAGUGGCUGGAACGGGACUCGUUUGCAGAGGAAGACUGAUUGUCAGCUUGUUGCCUAUUCUACGCUGAAUUAUGUAUGCAGAAAUAUUAUGGUAUUGCAUUUAGAAACCGUAGCUAUAGUGAGCUAAUUAACUUCUUUUAAAUAGCUAAGCAGGAUAAAAUAUAUUUGAAAUAGCAUCUUAAAAUAUAAAUCGUGCUUUGAAUCAUCCCAUUGUGCAAUUUUAGUUGCUCCCUCCCCAUUAGUUGUUUAUUCUGUGUUUACCUAAUUCUAUUUAAUGUCUUCAAUAACCUGCAAGAAGGAUCUACAGUGUAUCAAUAAAAGCUACAGAUGAUACUACACUAUAUGAUACCUGAGUGGGAGAGGUCCAGGGCAUUAGACACAGCCAAAGAGAUUCAGAGAAAAGGUAACACAUUUGAGGAAACUUGGAUACUUAGUGAGAGAGAGAGAAGAUUGAAACGUAAUAAUGUAGUAAGAAGCUUUGAUAAUGUAGGCAACAAAGUUGUUUCUGGCAUCACUGCUGUCAAAAGAAGAGUAUAUAUGCAGAAAAGCUGCACCAGGCAGCUGGGAAUCAGAAUAGUCCUUAUGAUUGCUGAGGUCAUUUCUGGAGGACAGUGUUAUAUUUUGGGUAGCUCAGGGAGGAAUUGAGUCAUUCUUCUGAAAAGUCGGAGAACAGUAACAAAUCAGUUAAAGUGAGAAAGAAGUCAGAAAGGUUGAAUUUUUAAGUGUGUAUAAUUUUUUGUUAUGUGAGAAAUACAUGUAAAGGAAGAGGCUUUCUAAGUAUGAAGGUGUAGCUAGAACUGGUUAUAUGAAUUUGAAACAAGGUAAAUAUCCAAUGAAUUUCAGGAGGAAGAUCCUACCAAUGAGAUGAGUUAGGUUAUGGAAUGGCACAGUAGUGCUUAUCAAUACACACGAUUUCUUGGAAGGUUUUCAGUUAGAUGUAAUGCAGUAGUGGAAAAUUAUCUUCCUUUGGCAAGAGUUUGAACUACAUACUUGAAUAGGCAGUUUCCAUUUUUAGCUUCAAUAAUUCUAUGAUAAUACAGCUUUUUUUAAAGUUAUAGAUACACCCUUUUUCUGGUGUGUCAGGUAAUUUGAUGAUUUGUUAUCUAUUUGAGGAUUUAUUAACUAACUUUCAAAUUCCAUUUUGUGCCCCAAAUUUGUGAUAUUUAUGCAUGUCUUCAUUACUUGUAAAUUUGUUUCCUUUCAAACGACAGGUGCAUAGUGGACUUGAGAUAGAAUAGUUGUAUUUCUUACCAUUUUAAAAGGUGUAAUCUUUGUAUUUUUUAGAAAAAAUUUCACGCAAGGUGCUAUAAUUUAUUACUUCUCUGUUUUAUAUGCAGCUAAAACUAUUAAAAGUUUAAACAACAUUUACAACCCUGAAUCACAAACCAGUUGUGUUGCACACGUUCAGACUAGCAGUUGUAUUUGUCCCAAGUCCUUAGAGUACUGUUUUAUAAACUUCACUUGCUUUUUGAUCCGUGACGAACAUCAUGGCAGUUUUUAGAAACACUUCUCAAUUAGCAAGCAGAGGAGCAGGAUGAAAUAGGAGUAAUUUAAGAUUAGAUUAAGUUCUGUGUCUCUUUUUACUGUCAGGGCAGCUCACUGAAGACCAUAGCUAUCAAUUCAUUGAAAAUGCAUUGGAUACUUAAAAUACGUGAUUUUGAAAUCCUUCAUCAGAUGAGUGUAUCUCACAGAUAUUAUUCCUGUAAUAAAAGGAAUAUCUGUGCUGUAACACUGUAUUAUAUUUUUUUUCAUCGUGGCCUGAGGAUAUUAUGUCAAUCAAGGAGCUAUUUUUAUAUCCUUUUGUGUAUGGGACAUGAAAAAAAUACAGCAUUGUUUGCUAAAAUCUUGGGUUUGCACUUUCAUAAAGCAACAGCGUACAAGGUGGUGAUGCAAUUUUAAAAGUGAUUUACAGCUACAGAAGAGUAUUGCGAAAUGAUAAAUGAAUAAAAAUAAAGCUAAAAAUUACUUGCAGUAUUGCAUUCAAUGUUUCAUAGACCAGACAGAUUGCCAUGUAGAUUAGUUUACAUGGCAUGUACUUUAAAGAAAAGCAAGCAACGUGUUCUUUCCUUUCUCUUCAUUUUGGUUGAAGUAUUUCUCUGACGCCUCAGUGUAUACCUUUUGUUUUAGCAUCUUCUCAAAGACAGUGAGAAUUACAGGUAAAAGUCCCCUUUCCAUCGAUUUCAGAUGGGCCAGGAUUUUAUCCUAGGUAGCUUACUUAAACUUCAGUAUAACAUCAUGAGACAUUUAAUUAGCCUGUUAAAUAGACAUCAGAAGUUAAGUAUGAUUUUCAUAUGGUGCUCCCUUUCCAACUUCUUUUUGACACCUGUCUUUUUUGUCUUCCUCUCUGCAAUAUUCAUAAUUUUCUAAAGCCUUGAAAUCUUCCUGUUUUGAAAGAUUAGAACUGUAUUCAAGCAUCAGCGUCUGUAAUGUUUUGAUUUAGUCUUUAACAAACUGUUCAUAUAAAGGUGUUUUCUUACGUGUGCUAGAUAUGCCUUCUGGAAGGGAUUCAUAUAGAGUAUGACCUUUGGAGGCUUUUUUAAUGACAAUACAUGGGAAUAGGCAUUUGGGAGGAGAUUCCUAUUCAUCAAGUGACAUUUCCUACUAUUGGUAGUAGCAUAAGCACUUUUUAUGCCCUUUUUCUAAACUCCUGCUCAAAGCAGUUGGAUUUCUUGAGGUUCCCCCGGGAAAGGCUGUUCCAGGAGAGAUGGGGUGAAGCACCUGGUUUCCCAGCUCUGCCCGGAGCGUCGAGAGGACCCCAUCCUGUCCUCGAGGCACGGGCAGGACAAAGGAAUAUGAUGCUGAGAAAUUGCAGUGACUCUUAGAGGGUCACUGGGGCCAUGGUGAGCAGGAGUUAAUAGAUGUCAUUGCUCCCGGAUGUGAGAGGAGAAGCAGCUCUUUGUGCUCUCCUACCUUCUGGGAGGGAGCUCCUGAGGUCAGCUGGGAGGAUCUCUGUGCACAAAGAGGGUGUGACAGAAGGGGCUUUUCUGCUCUGCUCAGCUGUCUUGCUGUCUAUAAACCUCUGGUUCUUGAAAUGCUGGUAUGGCAGGGUGCAGUGUGCUGCUUCUGAUGCCCACUGAGUAUCACAUUGAGCCAGGUUUGUGUCAAUGGACGGAUCUCAGUGACUAGUUCACAGGGGGGCACGUGGAGAUCUUUUCUGUGACCAGAGGGAACCUGCCUUUUCUUACCCAGAAAGAAAUAUUUUAAAUUUUAAAUCUAGGUCUGGCUAGUACUCUGACUGCGGUGCUUGCAGUCUUCACAGUAGCUUACUUUAGCGGAUAUUUGGAUAUUUAUAUGUACUAAAUAAACUAGAAUGAACCCAAAUUACAGCCAUGGCAAUAAAUUAUAAUUGAAGGGAGUUGCUACAUUAACAGUUUUUGUGAAUUCAGCUCGUACUUAAUCUGCCUUAGAAAAAAAAAAAAGGAAAGUUAAUACAAAUAAAUGUUCUGCACUAGGCAGGAGUGCUUCAUAAAUCAAAAUUUUCAGGCAGGCAAACAGGCUGCAGUUGUUUAUAAAGGACUAGUUAAAUGUGGUUUUGAACAAAAAGAUUGAAAGCUUUUCUGAAAAUUAAAUUUUAUUUCAUAAUGUAUAUUUUAAAAUGUGCUCAACGAUACUGUAUUAUUUAUUACUAGCUCAUAAUUUAAAUUCGUGCUGAACGUACACUUUUUAUAGAUGAUUAACCGUAGCCCAUUAAAAGUGUUUUAUUCUCUGUUUGUGACAAUGUCUGUUGAAGAAACAAGCGCCUCCUGUUUCUGCAGAGCUCUGUGUUCUCUUGCUCCAGCGAGUUGCGGUGGUGUUAGUGCCUACUGAGCUUUGGGAAGGUGGCAAGUUAAUAUAUUUGGCCAAGGGUAGCUCCUUCAUCUUGCUUCCAUGAGGGUUGUCCUCUUGGUGGUCCUCUUGGUGCAUGUCUGGUAUCGUCCCUCGCCGCUGCCACCCCAGGGCUGUUGGGUGCUUUCAGUAGGGCUGAAGGCUCCACCGGGGUCAAUACGUGACUCAUCCUCAUGAAUCAGCAGAUGGAGAAGACCCGUCUUGUGAAUUCUUAGGUCACGGCAGUGACAAGUCUGACAAGUGAACCCAAGGCUGUGCCGAGACAAACCGUGGAGGACCUGGGUGUUGGGUAGCUCUGCCCCUCUCAGGGGAACGUGCUGUCCAGCUCAGGCCGGCAACUGGUGGUGGAUUUGGAGUGCUCAAAUGUACUCUACUCUCCGUGUCAUGUUGUAUCAGCUGGAACAUGUUGUCUUUUUAUUCACAGCUCUCUUGCUUCUCCCUUCAAUCUUGAAUGUAUUUUAUGUCCUUUCUGUUGAUGGCUUUGUAAAAGUGUGAGUACAGAAACACUUCUCUAAGUGUACCAUGUAUAGAAUUGUACUUAAAGAUUCUUAAUAACCAUGUAUAGAAUUGUACUUAAAGAUUCUUAAUAAUGUAUAUGCACUGCAGCUGCUCGUUCUUGUUAUUUUUUCUGAAAUGCAUUAUCAUUAGCAGUUUACACAGGAAAACAACACCAUAUGAUCCUUUUAAUAACUUAUUUAUUUGCAAAGAUUGUAAGAUUUGUUGAGCUAUAGAUUCAGAUACUUGUUUUAGAGAUUAAUACUGUAGCACUGUAGAAAUUCAUCAUCAAUUAAAAGACAUGUUUUAAACUA